CACCGCUCGACCAGGGCACCGGCCUCCGCCUUUAAAUCUCAGGGGUUCAACCAGCCACCGCAUAAAUAGCAUGCAGUGUAUGCCUUCGUAGCGCAGCGAAAUAGCGUAACCUUCCAUGAUGACAAAACCCACCACUGUAUGCUGUGCAAUCAUCGCCGUCGUUCUCAUUCUUUCGAAGUCCUGCGACGCGAGCCACAAACUUUUAUUGUUUCUCAUUGAUGGAUUCCGCUAUGACUACAUGGACGAUUUACAGAAACUACCAGGAUUCAAGGAGAUCGUGGAAAACGGUGUCAAAGUGGAUUAUAUGACACCGGAUUUUCCUAGCCUCUCCUACCCCAACUACUACUCCCUCAUGACAGGGCGAUACUGCGAAGUGCACCAGAUGACUGGGAACUACAUGUGGGAUACGGACUCCGAUAAGGAAUUCCUAAUCGGCCUCAAUCAGGACAGCCGCUUGCCUCUGUGGUGGGACGGAUCGGAACCGCUCUGGGUAACCAUGGAGAAACUGAAGAAGAGAGUCUACAUGUACUACUGGCCAGGUUGUGAGGUGGAGAUUCUUGGAGUGAAAUCGGCAUUCUGUGAGGAGUAUGUCUACAAUCCAUCUGAGAAGAACUUUACAGAUUCGAUUGACAAGGCUCUCAAUGCAUUAAAGGAUGACAAAGCAGACAUGGCUGGUAUCUACUAUGAGAAGAUUGAUGUGGAGGGCCAUCACUUCGGCCCCCUGUCCUCCCAGGUGCAGAAUGCCGUGAACAGGCUGGAUUUGGCCCUUCAGUAUCUAAACCGAAAAAUCAAGGAGAAGGGCAUGGCCGAAGACCUGAACGUCAUCAUGUUCUCUGACCACGGCAUGACAGACAUCAAGUGGAUGGAGAAAGUCAUUGAGCUUGAGAUGUUCAUAAACAUGUCUGAUGUCAUUAAGAUGAUGGACAGGGGCCCUGUGGUGAACCUCUGGCCAAAGCAAGACAAGUUUGAGGAGAUAUACAGAGUCCUCGGUGCUGUGGAGAACAUGAAGGUCUACCGCAGGGACGAGUUCCCCGAUCGGUUCCACUACAAGGGGGGGAAGUUUGUCUCAACUCUGACCUUAGUGGCUGAGCCUGGUUGGUUUAUCACAGAGAGCAAAUCCAAGCUGCCGUACUGGAAGAAUGACAGCGGAGAGGCCCAGGCCUGGCAGUAUGGCUGGCACGGCUACGACAACGAGUUUGUGGACAUGAGGGGCUUCUUCAUGGCACAGGGGCCAGACUUCAAGAAAAACUUCCGUGCUGGACCAAUCCGAGCAGUCGAUGUAUACAACCUCUUGUGCCACGCCCUGGGCAUUAAGCCACUCCCCAACAACGGCUCGUGGCCUCGCGUGGAGUUUAUGCUGAAUGGGUCUUCCAGUGCGGUCCGGCCCAGUCUCCUGUACAGCUGUGUUGUGCUCCUACUAACCCUCCUGCUCUCUGUGUAGAACCUAGAACCUUCUAGAACCUUCUCUCCUCCUCCUCCUCCUCCUC